AUGGCAUUGCCGCCGCACUUUGCGCUCAUGAAGAUAGCGGAGCUGCACGCCCUGAACAUGAACAUGCUGAGGGACAACAACCAGCUCAGCUCGCAGCUGGCAGCCUUGAGAGGCUUGGUGAAGCAGCUCCAGGAUGAGGCGGCGGAGGCUUCGGAGUCGGUGUCGAAAAAGGACUCCGAGGUGACGGAGCUCAAGGCCAGAGUGAGGGCACUGGAGUCGGAGUCGUUAAAGGAGAGGGCCAGCCACAGAAAGGAAUUGGAGGAAGAAAGGCGUCGCUCACACAAGCACGCCAGAAGCGUCGAAGACAGCGCGCACACAGACCUGGCCCGGGAAACGAAGGUGCUGAGGUUGGAGUCGGAGACAAAGAUGAGGAAGAAGGACGAGGAGAUGAACCGCGUGAAGGCAGCCCUCAGGAUCGCCGAGAAGAAGGUCGCGGAGUUGGAGCGCGAGAAGGCCGGGUUCUAA